GUCACACUGCUUCUAGAACAAAAAAAAACUAUUCGCGAAUUGGUGAAAACGCCGCUGCGGAAAUUCUGCCAGCCGAAUGAAAACCCCACGGUGGAGGGUGCGGGUGAAUAGCAAACGGAGCGUAAGAUAAAAGGCACGGCUAGCUGAGAGGCGUCACGUAGACGACGGCCGACUGAUCGAUAUUCAAUACAGGCGCAGGGCAGCGCUCACACACACACACCCACAGGGACACGCGUGUGUGUCGCCACACACACACAAACACAUGGAGAACACUCGAGGUGGCGAAAAUAAUGUAGAAUUGGCCAACGGCGGCAAGGAUUUGGCCAAGGAGUUCCAGGAGCAGGUGGAAAAUGCCCAAAAACCGGUGGAGAAGACACUGGAAGCGACGGGAGAGGUACCCCGUGAGCGGGAAACGCCCGGAAAGGGGGUAAACAACGAGGCGGCUGUGGAAAACAACAACGCAAAUGCCCGCGGAAAUGCCAGUCCAACAACUACAAGCGCAGAGGAGGCAGCAACAAAAACUAAUACUUUAGUAGAAGCAGCAGCAACAGCAGCAGCAGCAACAACAACGGCAACUGCAAACAGCAACAAUUUACCCAUACCAGAGCAACAACCAUUGCAGUCAGGCGAUGGGAAUGCAAAUAACACAACAAAAGCAAUAACAAAGCCAGCAGAAGAGGAAGAAGAAGCAAAAGCAACAACGGAGACAACAAUAACAACAACAACAAGCACAGACGAGAAGACAGGUAAAGUAAAGCGAAAUUCACAGAAAACAAAUCCAAUGCCAACUAAUGUGAUUUACACCACACCCACAACCAUCCAACCACCCGCAGAAGAGCGCAAUCACAAGAGGAAGAAGAGAGAUAAGGAGCGGGAUGACGAUAAGAAUCGGCGCAGCAGCAACAACAACAGCAGCAGCAAGGAUCGGGAUAAGGAGAGAGAGCGUGAGAGGGAGAGGGAGAGGGAACGAGAGCGCGAAAGGAAUCGCGAGAGCAGCUCAAAGACCUCCAAGGAGAGCGACCACAAGUCCAAUUCUUCGCGCAGCAAAGAGAAGAAGUAUCACCGCAGCGAUCGGGACAGAGAGAGGGAGAGAGAUCGGGAUCGGGAGAAGAUUCCCUCCUCGUCGUCCAGCUCAUCUUCGCACUCGCAUCGUCGCCGGAGUUCUGAAAGCAGCAGAAGCAGCCAGAACAGCUCAUUCAAAACGAAGGAUCCAGUGGCGGAUUCUGUUCUGCCACAAGCAGUGGCUGCUGCCCUAGAGCAGCAAAUCAAAGUGGAGGAGAGAAUCAAAACAGAACCAGUAGAAACUAAACUAGAAACGGAAGCAGAACCAUUACCAGUACUUACUAACCUCAUCAAAACUGAAGCGGAAAUCAAAAAGGAAUCACCGGUGGAGCCACCCAAGCCAUUGGUGAAUGGAGAGGCGGCAGCAAAGACCCGAGAGGAGGUCACUAGGCAGCUUCAGUUUGGGGACAAGAGCUCCAGUUCCAAACUGAUGCCAUCGCCGGCGCCGAAAACCAGUUCCGGAUCAAACUCUUCAGCCAGCAAUCAUUCCUCCAGCCAGAGCAGCAGCAGCCGAAAGACCUAUACGUCGUCAUCUUCCUCUUCAUCCUCCAGCAACCAUCACAAGAGUUCCUCGUCGUCAUCUUCCCGUCACACCUCCUCCUCUUCAUCCUCUUCUCGGGACUGCUCCAAGUGCUACAAGCGCUCCAAGAUCCGGCGAACCAGUGUAGGCGUUCAGUGCCUGCAGCAUGCCCCAGCCGCUGGACCCUGGCAAACUGUUCAAAGCCUGCCACCAAGGCCCAACCGAAAACCACCAGCUGGCUUGGAAAACCUUAAGUACGGCUGCUACUUCCAGGUGGAGCAGUAUCCGAAUGGCGGGGCCUCCAUUGUUCACCUGUAUCAGCAUGAAAUCGAUGCAUUGCCGCCGGACGAAAUGGAGGAGCUUGUGGAUGAGUUUUUUGAGGUCUGCUUCGCAGAGGAUGAACAGGGUUAUGCCCACCAUGUGAUGGGCAUUGUCCACGAUGCGGCGCGUUAUCUUCCCGAUCUUCUCGAGCACAUGGCCGAGAACUACUCAACGUUAACGGUGAAGGCGGGAGUUCUCGGACGCAACUCGGACAUCGAGACCUGUACGAUGUCGCAGUACAAUGAGCAGGUGGUUCGCAAUUAUUGCCAAGGAACCUUUCGAUAUGGACCCUUGCAUCAGAUCAGUCUGGUCGGCAAAGUGCAUGAAGAGGUCGGCGGCUAUUUUCCGGAUCUCCUGGGUCGCAUCGAAAUGAAUCCAUUUUUAAGAAAGACCAUGCCUUGGGCUUGUAAUUCCAUACUUCAAACGGACCCCCGUCAGUCGAACGAUGGUCCCAUCCUCUGGAUACGUGCUGGAGAGCAGUUGGUUCCCACUGCAGAGCUAAAUAGCAAGACCCCGCUCAAGAGGCAGAGAACUCGUAUUAAUGAGCUGCGAAACCUUCAAUAUCUGCCCCGUUUAUCGGAGGCCCGUGAGACGAUGAUCGAGGAUCGGACCAAAGCUCAUGCGGAUCACGUAGGCCAUGGCCACGAACGCAUCACCACCGCUGCAGUUGGCAUACUGAAGGCUGUGCACUGUGGACAGACUUACUCGCAGAACCGCAUCACCAAAGACGUGGUCGCUUUUGCCGCCCAGGACUUCAAUACAAUGGUGGAAAUGCUGCAGCUGGACCUGCACGAGCCCCCGAUCUCUCAGUGCGUGCAGUGGAUCGAGGACGCCAAGCUGAACCAGCUGCGCCGAGAGGGCGUCCGCUAUGCCCGCAUCCAGUUGUGUGACAACGACAUAUACUUCCUCCCCCGCAACAUAAUCCACCAGUUUCGCACUGUGACGGCGGUGACGAGCGUAGCUUGGCACCUGCGCCUUCGACAGUAUUAUCCCGGUCAGGAGGUGAUUAACGAGAAAAACAACCCUGUGCUAGCCGAAACACCGCACUACAAGGAGAAGCAAACGAUCCUGCCAAACCCGAUCAGCCACGACGAAUGUGGCAAAAAGACGCCCUCAAAGCGAGCACACGAUGGCAGGACGAAAAAGAAACUUAUUGAUAUCGAUGGCAAGGAGCGUCGUUCCAGUGAGAGUAGUAUGGACGAGCAGCCAUCCGCAGGAAGCUCCUCUCCAAGCCAGAAUCAGGAAAGCAACAGCAACAGUAGCAGUCAAAGCAGCACCAGUGGAGCUAGUACUCCCAAAAAGAAGACCAGCAAAGACGACUCCAAGAUAGAUAUGAGGAAAAUGGUCCUGGAACACAAAUAUAAACUGACCAAAGCGGCUGUUGUGGGAACUCAAGAGAAGGAGAAGCCCAAGAAGGAUAAGGAGAAGGAAAAGACAAGGGAGAAGGAUAGGGAUAAAGAGAAGGAUAAGGAAAAGGAAAAAGAAAAGGAAAGGAGGAGCGAAACUCCCAAAAAGCAUACAACGCCAGCCAAGAGUGGCUCCAUAAGUGAGCCCUCGCCUGCCAAAAUUCCCCGUUUGAACAACGACACAACUCCCAGUUCUCCUGCUCCCACAGUUGUUCCCACGGCUGCUUCUCCACUCAAACCUAUAACUAAUCCUAUACCUGCAUCUGCACCACCUUUACCUGUUCCAACUCUUCCUGUAGCUGCUGCACCACCCAUCCUGUCCGGACUGCCACCGCCACUUGUGCCUCAAACGCCCUUCAUUCAUCGCCUAAACCAAAAGGAGCCUGAGAUAAAGAUCCAAGUGAAGAUCGUGUCCGAUAGCAAAAGUGAUAUCAGUACCUCCAGUCUAGCUCUGUCUACAGCAGCGCCACCACCACCUCCGCCGCCCCCUCCGGAUCCUGUUGAGGAUGUGGCAAAUGAGCUCAUUGUGGAGAGCACACCCCAACUAAUCGUCGAUCACGAGGAGGAGGUCACCGAAGUGUGUGCGGAGGAAAUUGUGGAAAUGGAUAUACCAAUUCCCAAGGAACCAGCCCCAGCUGUGGCUCCUACAUUACUAACUACUAGUUCUUCAUCACUAAUAAAUGUUCCUCCACCACCAACCCCAGCUCCCACACCCAUAACACUUUCUGCACUGCAUCCACCGCUACCGGUUGUAGCUGCUCCACCUCCACCGCCACCCACUCAAAUUGUCAAAGUGGUUCUCCCAGCUUCAUUGACUCCUCUUACCAGAAUGUCGGUGGUUUUGCCACCCUUGCCGCCUUUGCCUCCAUCGCGGGCAACAGCACCACCUCCUCCACCACCUCCGCCGAACAGCAAAGGAAGCGGCACCACCAUCCCCAUAGCAGCCACAGUUUCCCCGCUGAAACCCACCUACAAAACCAUUAGUUUACCCUCACAUAAGAUCAUCAUCGCAGGCACCGCCGGAGGGAACCGCGUUUCCGUAGCGAAAGGCGCGGCUAAGAGACCUGUGGACCUUUUGGGUUCCAUCAUGGCCAGCAUGGACAAGCCAGCGGGGAGUGGCUCCAAUAGUAACUCCUCAUCAUCGACAUCCUCGGCAACAACGAAUAGUUCGCUCUCCUCAUACACCAACUCCAACAGUAGCUUCUGAAAUUGGAAGAAGGAAUGGCAGGAGAGCGAAAGUAGAGGCUCCUAUUUGGACUUUAUGUGAAACUAUAUAUUUUGUAAAUUUAAAAGCCGCUCGGAUUUCCGUUUAACGGAUUUCGAGGUGCUAAAUCCUUUUCAGGAAGAUCUCAACGCUGAAAAAGAUAUAGGUACGUUAAGUAUCGCUCACUUACUAUAACAUUGUCAUGGGUUAAAAUUUUAUAAUUGUAUUAAGUAGUGCGAAAUGUUUCGCAAUAACAGGCUUUAUAUUCUGUAUAAGUUUAGUUAUACAUCUUCUUUUUUUUUGGGAAAAUUUGUAUUCCUUCUCCAAUAUAAGCCAGCACAGUUUUGUAUUAAGUGAGCGAAAUCUCAUCCAGUGCCGAGAGAUCUUCCAUUGUAAAUAGCCAAAAGCUUAUAUGUAGUCCUACACCUCACAUACAAACACCCCUAUAUUUGAUAAAGAACGUAGAUUUUUAAGCUCAAAAUGCGAGACACUUGAUAGAUAUGUAGUUUUUUAAUUUAUUUACACCACCAACCACACCGCAGGCACUUUUUAGAUACAACAAUUGAACGUUUUUUAAUGCAGGCAGGUACAUUUAACUGUUAUAGUGUGUAUUUUUUAAUGGCACGCACCUAAUUGGCCAGAGACAUUCGUACUCGUUAAAAGUAUAAAUUAAAAGCCACAAGGCUUGGCCAAGGUCCCAGUUUAAUUUCCUUCUCAACAACUUUUUUGAAAAGUGUUUUGAAAGUGCGUAGAACAAUACACACAUUGAUAAUUACAAUAUAUAUAUACACCAUAUAUAACUGUAGAAUUAAGCCAGCUUACACGUUGAAGAAACAAUAAAGAUUCGGAUCGUA